GUCACUCCAUCCACGCGGUUCAACAUGGCGGAAGACGAAGUUGAUAUGUCUUUGGACGAUAUUAUAAAAAAGAGCAGAAAACCAGGCCGAGGUGGACGUGGACGCGGUGGAGGAGGAAGAGGAAGACGAGGUGUAAGCGGCGGAGGAGGUGCAAUUCGACGAGGAAGAGGCAAUAGGAACCGUUCAGCUCCUUACACACGAUCACAAGAUAUCCCAGACAGAUGGCAGCAUGAUAAAUUUGACGACGCAAAAGGCGGUCUUUUUAGCGGUGGCGGAGGAAGACGCUCUGGUGGCUUGUCAACUGGCAGCAAGCUCAGCAUAUCAAACCUCGACUUUGGAGUAUCAGACUCGGAUAUUGCGGAAUUAUUUAGUGAGUUUGGAGAAUUAAAGAAAUCUUGUGUUCACUAUGAUGCCUCUGGUAGAUCGCUUGGUACAGCAGAUGUCAUCUAUGUACGCAGAGAAGAUGCACAAAAAGCUUUAAAACAGUAUAAUGGGGUGCCUCUAGAUGGACGCCCAAUGAAGAUUGAACUAGUAGUAUCGGACACAACAAGAGUAUCUGGUGGUGGAAGUUUUGGUGGAGGAUUUGGUGGAAGAUCAGAACGUCGUGGUGGUGGAAGCAGAGGAAGAGGUGGUGGARGUGGUGGUGGUGGUGGAAGGAGCAGAGGAAGAAGCCGUGGACGAGGACGUAGAGGGGGAGGAGGAGGUGGUUUUAGACAAACUAAUAAAACUGCUGAAGAACUUGAUGCCGAACUUGAUGCCUAUCGUGAUGGAGAUGUAGAUAUGGAUGAAUAAAGAAGUUAACGAUAACAAGCAAGCUGUUCAAAGACUCGGCUCAACAAUGCUGCUCCAUACUUUAAAUAUCAGGACUACACCAUAGAGUUUGCUUAUUUAAUUUUACUACAAUUCUCUUUUUUUUGCACAUACUGUAAUCCUUGCUCAGGAAAACUAAGGUGGAUACUCAUCAGAGUGUUAUAAGUUACAUGAUGCAUGUUAAAAUAGUUUUAUAACCCAUAGCAGGGCUUAAAAUAGCAGUUAGUCAUCAGACAAUGUCCAGCCAGAACGCUUGCCAGUCAAUAACAUUGAGCCACAAAUAAGGUUUCACUAUCCUUAAACUAAUUUUUUUUCCUGUGAUCAUGACCUGCGACUGACUGACCAUUAUCUUAAGCCUUGCAUAGGGUAUGGAGUAUAUACGUUUGGCCUGCUUCAAGAUAAACCUUUUGUUUUCAAAGAAAACUUGUUUUUGCCAGCAUUCCUAAUAUAUUACUCAUCUAUAAACAAA